AGAGAGAGAGAGAGAGAGUCACGCUUACAAGCCAGCGGAGAAGAGACGUCAAGAGGAGGAUCUACAGAGGGAGAGAGAAAAAAAUCCUUCCCUCUCUCCUGCUGCCUCUCUUCGUGCAUCCUACGGGCAGCGAGGAGCGAAGAAGAGGAGCGAGGAGGAGCCGUCCAUCCGUCCGUCCGGCUGGCAUAUUUUUUCUACACUGCUUCCUUCCUUUCCCCGCGUUUUCUGAGGCUGUACGACGGUGGGUGGAGCGCAGGGAGAGCCGCCGAGAGCUCAAUCGGUGACACUGCUCCGCAGCAGCAGCAGUAGCAGCAGCUGAAGUAGAAGAAGAGGAGCGUCGGGAUGCUUAACAACCUGACCGACACAGAGGAGGGGGACGGAGGAGCGCAGAGCCAGGGUGACAGUAACCCCAAGGAGAGCAGCCCCUUCAUCAACAGCAGUGAUGCUGCUGCAGAGAAGAGCCAGCAGUAUGACGGCAAGAACAUGGCCUUGUUCGAGGAGGAGAUGGACACCAGCCCCAUGGUGUCGUCUCUCCUCAGCAGCCUCGCCAACUACUCCAACCUGCCCCAAGGAAGUAAGGAGCACGAGGAGGCCGAGAACAACGAGGCUGAGACGUCGCGCAAGAAACCCGUCAAGGCCCCCCAGCUCGGCACCCUGAUGGGUGUGUACCUGCCGUGCAUCCAGAACAUCUUCGGCGUCAUCCUCUUCCUCAGGAUGACCUGGCUGGUGGGGAUCGGAGGUGUUAUUGGGACCUUCGUCAUCGUCACCAUGUGCUGUACCACAACCAUGCUGACUGCCAUCUCGAUGAGUGCCAUCGCUACCAAUGGAGUAGUGCCAGCUGGAGGCUCCUACUACAUGAUUUCCCGCUCGCUUGGCCCAGAGUUUGGGGGAGCAGUGGGGAUCUGUUUCUAUCUGGGGACCACCUUCGCUGGAGCGAUGUACAUCCUGGGGGCCAUCGAGCUCCUCCUGAUCUACAUAGUGCCAAAAGCAGCUAUCUUCCCCCUGGAGGGUCUGGAGGGUGCAGAGGCAGAGGCCGCCCUGCUGAACAACAUGCGUGUGUACGGGACCAUCCUACUGUUCUCCAUGGCCACGGUGGUGUUUGUGGGCGUGAAGUACGUCAACAAGCUGGCCCUGGUCUUCCUGGCCUGCGUCAUCCUCUCCAUUCUGGCCGUCUACGCCGGGGUCAUCAAGACAGCAGUCGAUCCUCCAGUUUUCCCUGUGUGUCUCUUAGGCAACCGCACCUUAUUGUCGAAGAAUUUUGAUGUGUGUGCCAAGACCAUUGAGACAGCUAACGGGACAGUCACCACCCAGAUGUGGCGCAUUUUCUGUGACUCACCUUUCCUCAACGCUACCUGCGACAAGUACUUUGCUGCCAACAAUGUGUCUCAGAUCCAGGGCAUCCCGGGGGUCACCAGUGGAAUCCUAGCAGAGAACCUGUUUGGGACCUACUAUGAGAAGGGGGAUCUGGUUGCCAGAACCAACAUGGAGUCAGUGGAAGAUGCUGAUGAUCCUUUGACCAGCGCAAACCGCUAUGUGUUGGCCGACAUCACCAGCUUCUUCACUCUGCUGGUCGGCAUCUACUUCCCCUCUGUGACAGGGAUCAUGGCCGGCUCCAACCGAUCGGGAGACCUGCGUGAUGCCCAGAAGUCGAUCCCCAUUGGAACCAUUGCAGCCAUCACCACCACCUCCAUUGUCUAUAUGUCCAGUGUGGUUCUGUUUGGUGCCUGCAUCGAGGGUGUGGUCCUCAGGGACAAAUUUGGAGAAGGAGUCCACGGGAAUUUGGUGAUUGGCACAUUGGCUUGGCCGUCACCAUGGGUGAUCGUGAUUGGCUCCUUCUUCUCCACCUGUGGGGCGGGGCUUCAGAGUCUGACGGGAGCUCCUCGUCUCCUGCAGGCCAUUGCCAAGGACAGCAUUGUGCCUGCCCUUCGGAUCUUUGGUCACGGAAAGGCAAAUGGGGAGCCCACAUGGUCCCUCCUGCUGACAGCGUGUAUCUGCGAGAUAGGUAUCAUCAUUGCCUCCCUGGAUGCUGUGGCUCCCAUCCUCUCAAUGUUCUUCCUGAUGUGCUACAUGUUUGUAAACCUGGCCUGUGCCCUGCAGACCUUGCUGAGGACUCCCAACUGGAGACCUCGCUUUAAGUUUUACCACUGGACUCUGUCAUUCCUGGGGAUGAGCUUGUGUCUCACUCUAAUGUUCCUCUGCUCAUGGUACUACGCUAUCGUCGCCAUGGUAAUUGCCGGCUCCAUCUACAAGUACAUCGAGUUUGCAGGUGCGGAGAAAGAGUGGGGUGAUGGGAUACGAGGUCUGUCUCUGAGCGCUGCACGUUACGCACUCAUGCGGCUGGAGGAAGGUCCCCCUCACACCAAGAACUGGAGACCCCAGCUGUUGGUGCUGGUCAGUACAGAUUCAGAGCAGAAUGUGGAGCAACCUCGUCUGCUCUCUCUGACCAACCAGCUGAAGGCAGGAAAAGGCCUGACAAUCGUGGGAACAGCUCUGGAGGGAACCUUCCUGGAGAACUCCGACCGGAGCCAGCGUGCAGAGCAGGCGCUGCGUAAACUGAUGGAGACGGAGAAGGUGAAGGGCUUCUCUCAAGUGACGGUGUCCUCAAACUUACGUGAUGCCACUUCCCACCUCCUCCAGGCCAGUGGGCUGGGAGGCCUGAAACAUAACGCUGUGCUGGUUUCCUGGCCACGCAACUGGAAGCAGGGAGACGAGAACCAGACCUGGAGGAACUUUAUUGAGUUGGUCAGAGAAACCACAGCUGCUCACUUGGCUAUGCUCGUACCAAAGAACAUCUCAGCCUUCCCGUCUAAUGGCGAGCGCUUCACUGAGGGUCACAUUGACGUGUGGUGGAUUGUGCAUGAUGGAGGCAUGCUGAUGCUGCUGCCCUUCCUUCUCCGACAGCACAAGGUGUGGAGGAAGUGCAAGAUGCGCAUCUUCACCGUGGCCCAGUUGGACGACAACAGCAUCCAGAUGAAAAAGGACCUGACCACAUUCCUCUAUCACCUCCGUAUCGACGCCAUGGUGGAAGUUGUAGAAAUGCAUGACAGCGACAUCUCGGCCUACACUUAUGAGAAGACUCUGGUGAUGGAACAACGGUCGCAGAUGCUUAAACAGAUCAACCUGACCAAGACCGAGCGUGAGAGAGAGAUCCAGAGCAUCACUGAUUCAUCCCGCGGGUCUAUCCGCCGUAAGAAUCCGGCUGCUGUGACCACCCAGCUGAGUGUGACCGAGGAGCCGCCAGCAGCCAGCACAGAGGAAAAGCCUGAGGAAGAGUCAAAGUCGGCCUCUUCCCCUGUUUCCACCCCUGCUCAGGUCCAGCUCAUCCACGACAACACCAACCCAGCCAGCCCCGCAACCCCAGCCACCCCAGUGACCCCUGGAGAGGGGGCUAAGAGCCCCGGAGAGCAGGUCCAGAUGACCUGGACCGAGAAGCUUGACGGGGAGCCUGCCAAGCCACCGGGCGCAGCCACACCCGAGGGCAUCAAAGACAUCUUCAACAUGAAGCCAGAGUGGGAGAACCUGAACCAGUUCAAUGUGCGUCGUAUGCACACAGCACUCCGGCUGAAUGAAGUCAUCAUCAAGAAGUCCUCGGAGGCCAAGCUAGUCCUCCUCAAUAUGCCCGGGCCACCCAAGAACAGGACAGGUGAUGAGAACUACAUGGAGUUCCUCGAGGUCCUCACUGAUGGUCUCAACCGGGUACUCCUGGUCCGUGGGGGCGGCCGGGAGGUUAUCACUAUCUACUCCUGAAAGAGCAGCCCCUAUCCCCGCUACUCCCCCCUUCGCUCCUCCCUCAGCCCUGCUCCUGUGUCACCUGUACUCCCACCCUCUCAUCAGCCCUGUUUCAUCAUCACGUCCCUCUUACCAUUUCUUUCUGUAAGAUAGUCUUCUCACACCUAACCAAUAGCCCAGCUCAGCUUCAGCACCUCUCCCUCAGCUACAAACCCUUCAUUCUAGUCCAGUAAGCUACUAUAACUGUUGUAGGCUUUAGACUUAUUUGGAUGCUAUCUAGAUUUGUUCUUAAAGAGGCUUUCUUCCCUUCAGUAGUCUGUAACCUGCUGUAGUAACUCGCUUUGAGUCAGGAGGAGGAGGAGUGGGUGGUGUUGGUGUUGGUGUUGGUGGUGGGUUGUUAGCUGAGGUGUGAGCGCACAUGCAUGUAUGUGUCUGUCUUUGUAGAAAUCUGCAGUUUUUUGGUUGUUGUCCUUUUUUUUUUUUUCCUCUUUUUUCUUUUUUCAAAUACAAGUGUGGCAUAGCAGCGGCUUCUGCUCGAGAAGACCGAGAGCCGGCUGAAAUGAGCUCAGUGUUGGAUUUGUCUGUUUAGUUUUCCUCGUUGUGAUUGGACACCUCCCACAGCGCUCCAGCCUGUUUGUCUUUAUGUGAUUUUAACUUUCAAGGCAAAAGACACUGCUACCCCCACGGUCAGGACCACCAGCUGGAAGAAUAUGAACUGUGACAUUCACAUCGAUGUUCCAAGAGGACUGAAAAGUAACGUGGAUCAAAAGUGCAGUAUUCUCUCUCUAACCUGAUCACUUCCUUAGCAUGGCAUCCUUAUAACUGUGUGUUUUUACUCCACUUAAUCUGUCUUUCUACUCAUCUUCCUUUCAACUGAUUUCUUAGUGGCUGUUUAUCCCCGGGGCCACUGUUAGUGCCAAAAAAAAAAAAAAGAUACAAGGCUAGCUUAGUCUGUAGAUUGACACGUAAUUAAACUGUGAAUAGUGUGUUUCCUAGCAGAAGGCUGGUGUGACAGCAAAGUGGGGAGACAGUUAAACCCCCCCCCCACCCCCC